AACAUAAUCGCGUAAUUAGUAAACGGAUAGCUGCGCUGUUUGCGCAUUAGAUAAGCGACCGAAUCAGCUAAUCAGCUAACAGCUAACAGCAUCAGCAGAUCCUGACGCACCGAGCGCUUCGUGUUGCUCUGACGGGAACAUUUCGCCACAUGUUUUGCAUGCGCUGAGGUCAUCGAGGUGAAUGCAGAAUGGCCAGCGCAGCGUCCAGCGAGAGCUCGGCUUCAUCAGCAGCGAAUGGCCAGACGGCCGGAGAGAGCAGCGGCGGCGGCGGAGCGGCUCAGGACAGCACGUUUGAGUGCAACAUCUGUCUGGACACGUCCAAAGACGCCGUCAUCAGUCUGUGCGGACAUCUCUUCUGCUGGCCGUGCUUGCAUCAGUGGCUGGAGACCAGGCCCAACAGACAGGUGUGUCCCGUGUGUAAAGCCGGCAUCAGUCGGGAGAAAGUGAUCCCGCUGUACGGCAGAGGCAGCACCGGCCAGCAAGACCCCAGAGAGAGGACUCCUCCACGACCGCAAGGACAGCGGCCAGAACCUGAGAACCGUGGCGGGUUUCAGGGCUUUGGCUUCGGCGACGGAGGCUUCCAGAUGUCUUUCGGUAUCGGGGCUUUUCCUUUCGGGAUCUUCGCUACAGCGUUUAAUAUCAACGACGGACGACCGCCUCCAGCAGCUCCAGGAACCCCUCAGCACGCGGAUGAGCAGUUCCUCUCGCGCCUCUUUCUGUUCGUGGCGCUCCUCAUCAUGUUCUGGCUGCUUAUAGCGUAAACGCUGAAGAACUGUAUGAUCGGUCCUGUCGGAGGACUAGCUAACUAACCCUACAGUAGUGCGUCAGGUUCAGUGGAGCGGGAUGGAAACGGCUCUUUUUCUGUGAAAGAGAUGCGGCGCUAGCGUUGUGAUCCUGUGAGAUGCAAACCGCUCUGUUUGGAUAAUGUUCGGUUUUCUUCCCAGAUAUGAUUUUAAAUAAAUGCUAGUCUUAUUUUCUCUUAAGACAAAAUCAUUAUUGGAUUUUUCUACGAUUACGGUGCCAAAUGAUGUCACUCACUGUAGUAAAACUCGUUUAAAAAUCAUACGAAUGCAUAAAUGUACUUCCUAACUAACUUUAAAUACAUCAGCGUUUAAUUUAAGCUUAUUUUAAUUCAUAUUUUUGUGUGUAAAUAACUUGUCACAUGGGCUGAAGUAGAGCAUUUGUUCUUUUAAUAAUGAAAAUAAAAGUUUUUUUUGUAGUAGAGACUAAUUCAGAAUGUCAUAAAAGCACACGGAAAUGAUUUAAACGGUCAAUAACAAUAAUCUUUUAAGUUUUUGGAAAAUAUUUGGGAAAGAAAUAUUAUUUGCAGCGUGAGAGGCACAUGUUAACUGUCCACAUGAUGAUUAAAUUUAAUUCUAAAUGUG